UCACCAUUUCCUGGAGCUCACGUUAUUGCUGACAUCAGAACCAUUGCUUAGUUGUGGCAACGUCGAACGAAGCCGAGCGACUUGAGAAGAAAAGAAACUUUACUCGAAGCAGGACUAAUUUGCAGCUUUCACGGAAUGCUUGGUGGUCAGAUUGGAUUAUAGACAAUGUUCGGAGAAGGAUUUUAAAUGCAAAGUUUUUGCAACGCUGGAUUUAAUCGUUCUUGUAAAUUUAACACGCCUGACAACCGUAUUUCAUCCGUGUGCAGUUAUUUCAAUAUCCGGAUUUUAGUGCCACGGGGGAGGCAGGUCUUUGCCGGAGACAGCACACAUCGGUGGGAUUUUCCUUUGGCUUUCCUAUUUGAUUGACUUUUUUAAUGAGAUUUUUCAACAAUAGGCUACUUGGGAUAGUUUUUUUGUUGUUGUUUUUUUCCCAAUAAGCUAGUUUCACGUGACAUGAGCUGUCACAUCUAGCUAAACAGGGUGAGGAACCUUGCUGAGCGAGUGGUGUCCCGUUCUCCGCUCUUGGCCUCUCCCGAGAAAGGCCCCCGAUGAUGACCGUGAACAUGGGUCACAGUACUACACAGAGGACUGGCCUACUCACACACAUACAGACAGAUGACAGUGUCUCCACUGGACCUGGCCAUCACAGGAACUCGCUAGAUGAUGAAAAGGCUCUUAACUCCAUCAUGAAGGACCUGGCAGCUUUGGGUCGCUGCUGCAACUUCAGUGGCAGCAAGCCUGAAACCAAGGCCCCGCCCCUCAAACAGGACUUGCGAAUAAAGUUGGAGCACGAGAAGGAGAAAAGGAUAAUCUUAUGCCAGCGGCCCCUGAAGCACAAAGAGCUCCUUGAGAAGGUGACCAAUGCCUUUGGACAGAAGAUGGACUUGUUCUACGCUGAUAAAGAGGUCCUGCUGCCUCUUCAGUGCCAGGGGGAUCUGGACCGGGCCGUGCACACCCUGGACCGAGCCCCAGCCUCUGCCAGUCUGAGAGUCCUGGUCAAGAGUCCAAAGAACCACUUCCUGCAGGUCAGCAGCAGGGAUGAUAAGCAGUCUGAGAUGAGGUCAUCCAAAUCGCUGGGUGACCUGAAGGGUUCCCCCUACAAAGGCUCAGAGAGGGUACGCAAGCACUCCACAGGCUCUCUGCACACUGGCCGCAGUUCCCCCCCUCCUGGAAGCGUUCCGGAGGAGCAGCAGCAGAUCGCCAGGAAGGGCUCCUACACCAGUAUCCACAGUGAGGGCGAGUUCAUCCCCGAAACCCUGGACCAGAGCAUCCUGGAUCCCUUUGGGAGUGGAGACGACUCACUGUCUGACAGCUGUCAAUCACUGGAUCAGGCAUUGGACAGCCCGUCGUACUCCCAGGGCAGCCGGGACAAUAAUUACCUGAACAUCGCCUGGGAGUAUAAAGGCAUACACGGCAAAGGCGGAACGUUCCCCAGGCAGUUUCACCUGUCCAGCCACAGGAAAGAUGACGGUCGGAGGACCUUCCCACGCAGUUUCAUGCCUCAGGAGAGCCUGUUUCCGCCCGUCCCCUCCAGUCGAACCCGCAGCUACAACGGGGACAGCACCCUGCAGUACUGCGACCGGAACUUCCUGGGCUGGCCCCCCGACAAGACCUCCCCCUCCAACUCCUCUCACGCUCCUGUGAACUGGAGGCUGGGGAAGCUGCUGGGUCGUGGGGCCUUUGGAGAGGUGUUCCUGUGCUAUGACGCCGACACCGGCCGGGAGCUGGCAGUCAAACAGGUGCCCUUUGAUCCCGACUGCAAGGAGACCAGCAAGGAAGUGAACGCUCUGGAGUGUGAGAUUCAGCUGCUGAAGAAACUGAGGCAUGAGCGAAUCGUGCAGUACUACGGCUGCCUGCGUGACCCCGACAGCAGGAAGCUCUCCAUCUUCGUGGAGUUCAUGGCAGGGGGCUCGGUGAAGGAUCAGCUGAAAGCAUACGGCGCCCUGACGGAGAAAGUGACUCGGAGAUACACGCGGCAGAUCCUGCAAGGGGUCUUCUAUCUCCACAGAAACAUGAUCGUGCACAGAGACAUCAAAGGCGCUAACAUUCUGAGGGACUCCUCUGGGAACGUGAAGCUGGGCGACUUCGGUGCCAGCAAGCGCAUCCAGACCAUCUGCAUGUCCGGAACGGGGAUCAAGUCUGUCACCGGCACCCCCUACUGGAUGAGCCCGGAAGUCAUCAGCGGGGAGGGAUACGGACGGAAGGCAGAUGUCUGGAGCGUGGCCUGCACUGUGGUGGAGAUGCUGACCCAGAAGCCCCCGUGGGCGGAGUUUGAGGCUAUGGCCGCCAUCUUUAAGAUCGCCACCCAGCCCACCAAGCCCUCUCUGCCCGAGGGCGUGUCCGACUCCUGCCGGGACUUCCUGAGGUUGGUGUUCGUGCAGGAGAAGCACCGGCCCACCGCCAAGGAGCUGCUCAGCCACCCCUUCAUCCUGGGGGGCUUCUAGCCUCCACCCGCCCCCACCCCUUCCCGCACCUCCACUAGCACCGCUCUGACCUCCAGAGUCACCAGCACGUCCAUGAGAAAGCUGCCUCUGCGGGGCUCCGGCCAUCUGGCCGCGCUGUAGCUUACAGCCUCCCCCCUCUACCCCCCACCCCUCCAGCCCGUGCAGUGGGUACAGGGCGUCCCUGACGGGGAUGGGGCGUCGAUACCCCCUCACGAAAUCGAGCUGUUGUCGCAUGUUCCUUCUCAAGAGCAAGAGGGAUGAGAGGGCAUCAGCACCGCCCCAGUUGGCAGCCCCUCCCCCAGCCCAUCGAGCCUUCAGCCCAGAGCCCUGACGGCUCCAUUGUGCCACCUAGUGGCUGAAAGCUUUCAGAUGAGAUGCUUAUGCGUUUAGCUGAAAACAGUUUGCACCUUCCACUGACAAAGUGGUCCUUUUUCUUUAAUGCCUAGCAACACUGGUCAGUGUAUUGAAAUUGGCCUGAAGUAGUAAGAGCUGCCAAUCAUUCAAAAGAUGCCUUAUGCCCUGAACUCAGUAGCAGGUCAGAAAUGUCUUUGUUAAAGAAAAAAAAACAUAGGCUGAUGCCAAUCAUGUCAUAAGGAAAUGUUCUCUGCCCACACUGUAAAACUGCUCGUUUUUAAAUCGACUCUGAUUGUGUACAUGUUACCAAGAGAGUAAAUGUGAUCCCUAUUGGACUUGUACAAACUCAGAGUUGAAUUAACUCUGAACAUUUUACUGUGAAAUGAAUGGGCAUGGAAUCUAUGGGUUUACCCAUUAAUUUAGUUGUUUUAUGAUUAACAUUCAUUUCUCAUAAUUGGACUGAUGUUAAAAUGUGCCACAGUGCAUUUACUUCUUGCCAACAGAAGUGAACAUGUUUGUCUUGAGAAGGUCACACACACCUACAUUGUACUGUAUUAUAUUAAAUGAGCUCCCUGACUCAAAAAUGCACACUCGAAAAUGACCCUUAUGAAUGAAUGACAUUUUGUCCUUGCACUUUUUAUUGUAUAUUCAUAAGGAGAAAAAUAUGUAGAAUAAUCUAUUGAAAUUACGGAAAGGAAUAUUUUUGAUAAUAUAAAACUCAUUUUUUAAAUAAUUUAAUAACACAAGCUGUUUUUAUUGGUCACUGUACUGUUUACAUAGGAAUAGAAACCUCCUGUAGGUUACACGUUGUAGAUAGGGAAAAGGCAAGCAAUACUCCCAACACAGACAAUGAAGUAGGUUUCUGGAUUGGAUUAGGCUGAUCUGUAUGAGAAUAAUCGAACUUGACGCAAAUGGCCAAAGACAGUCAGUGAACUCGCUCCAGUUACGUGCUAAAGCCUGUUCAUAUUUGAAAUAUGAUCUUUAUUAAAUUGUCCCUUUGUUUGCUCCAGAAAGCAGUUGCAAAUGUACCAUAUAAUAUUGUACAAUAGUUUGCUGCAAUGUACAUGGCAAUAUGUUGUAAAUGUGUGGAAAAAUACAUUUGCAAUAUCUGAAAGUGACAAUAAUUUGUAUAUUUGCUCAUAUAUUGUGAAGUCAUGCGGUGUCUUGAAAAUACUUUUUUAAUUUUACUUCAAUAUAUUUUCAGCAUAGUGUAUUUUCACAAGGGUUUAUCAGUCUUAGGAAUUAUCUUCUCAUUUGUGCCCAAGAAAUAAUUCUCAGCUUGAACAUUUCAUUGGAUGGCUCCAGAACUUUUCACAACCCGUGGGAUGAGUGAAAUAAAAUAAUAAAAUGUCUAAAUGCAUUUAUAGAGUCAAACCAACCGUUCGCACUUUAACUAGUGAAGUGUGGGUAGCAGCUGCUGUAUUUGAUUUGCCUGGUGUGAUAACCAGUGGAAAUUAUGUUAUCAUACAGAAAUUAGUUUUUUCAAUAUGUCACCAUAGAUACCCUCCUCAAACCAUAGGCACCACUGAACUAAGCACAUAGAAUGCCAGGGGGCCCGGUUUGGAUGCUUUUGAACAGUGUUUAAAGUUACAUCUGGACAAUGCUCAGUUUGUUUAUUUCUUUGAUUGUCUGUUAACUAUGUUAAUACUCCCACUGGAUAUAUGAGCUCAGAUACGUUUGUAACAUAGUUCAUUUUCCCCUCUAAGCAACGCCAGGGACCUUUAAAAAAUGAUCACAGAUGAGUGUACGUUGGACGUGGAGAGGUGUUACACCCUAUGUAGUUCAAUUGCAUCAUUGCGUCAUUACUCGUCUAAAUAUGGAACGUGAGCAGAGCAUUUUUUUUCUGUCGUGUGACUCAUUUGCUUCCUCAAACACAACUUCUUACUUUACAAUUGUUAUAGCAAGAUCUUGUUUGGAAAAUUGUCACAGGAAAAUUCAUAUGAAAUCAAUCUUUUUUUCUUUACCAGUUUCUAUGAGCAGGUAUUUUUAGUCCAUAUUGGGUAUGUUCUUAGUCCUACCCAGUCGCUGCAGUGUCCUGCCUGUCAGAGAGGGUGGACAAGCCUGUUGUCCUCCAAGAUGCACCCUGCCAAAUUCUUUCCCAAUCUGCUGCGCCGUCUAGUCACUGCGAGGGCGCACUGCGUUGCCUGCUCGGGCAGGCACAGGCAAGCGCAGGCAGUCGCAGGCGGGCGCAGGGAGGGGCAGGCAGGGCCGUGUCUCGCGUGUUUCUCGUGCGUCUCGUGGAGAACGUUGCUUCGGGAGCCCUCCCUGCCUCGCUGUGGCCGGUGAUGCGCCGUCAACACGGUCAGGGUCGGGUGGCAAGCUUUAGAGCGCGGCGACACUGAGAACGAGUCAUGUGACAGGACACCUGAUGGCUCCUCCGUCUGAUGUUAAACUCAUUAAUCGUCAUUUACGUUAUAAUACGAUGACAAAAUAUAACUUGUUUUUGGUGUGUAGGAGCAGAUCAUUCAGAAUUGCAAAUGAACAAUAAACGAUUUUGAAACGUGAAAACGUAGAAUUGAGCAUGAAGGGUGAUGAAUAACCAGAGAUGUUUUGAUUGUGCCUUCGACGAGUCUAAUCUUGAGAGGAAUAAAUCACCACUCUUUUAUGUGCAUUUGAUGCUGGAAUGUGUAUUCACUUUCAUACAAAUAGGUGGAGUCCAGGAAUGUAUUCUGUGUAUUGAGACAGUUUGCUCUUGACAGAUUCUAAUGAAGAUUAUUGUAGAGCAGGUGUACCACUUAAUGAUGGGUGCUAUGGAAUGAACGGUUUUGAGUGAGGCUCAGUGACAUUCGCAGGCCUUCCAAUGACAAACCACAGAAGAUUUUGCCAAAUAAAGAAUUGUCAUACCAGGAAGAUGAUGAAGCAAACUCAUUUUUUGUUCCCUGCCCACCACCUCCCCAAGCCCUGCUUUGGAGGUCAAUGUUAUUAUAAUUUUAUUGAUAUACAUGUUUACACGUGAACCAUCAAGAUCCGAGGUCCAACCUACUUUAUGGGAUGAAUCUAUGGUCUGUAUUCUGAUAAUCGUUUUGGCUGAUGCAGUGGCUUGCCGUGCUGUAAACAUGCUGGAGAGAGUGGAAUGACAUCCUUGUCUCGUGCCACAGUGCAGUGUGAAAACAUUGUGAAAUAAGACCAUUAGUGAAUAUGGAGUUAUACAGAUUUGAAUGAGUGACUCUUCAAAACCAAACUUCUUCAAUAUAGCAAAAAAGUUUCAGUUAAAUCUGUCAGAUGCUUUUUUUUUUGGCAUCCAGUGAUGCCAUGACUGUAUUCAGCUUGUUUAUUUUGGAUAUACUCAUUCGAAUGAAUAGGCGGUGUAUGUUAUUUGGGGAGUGUUUGCCAUUGAUGAAGCCUUUUUGGUCUGGGUGAACUUGAUGUGCAAUUAUUGAUUCCAUUCUGUUGACUAGUACUUUACUGAUGAUUUUAAUGUCAUUAUUAAUCAAACUUAUGGGGCAGUAAUCGGAUUGGAUCCUUAUUAUCUUGAGAAAAACUGAAAUUCAGCAGUAUUCAUAUGUGGUGGAAUGGCUGUGGAUUUUUUUUAUUUCAGCAGUAUUUCGGUGUAUCUUUCCAAAGUGAUGAGUUGAACCGCCACCUAGUGGGGGGGUUUGAGUUUGGUUUCAUUCAUUAGAUUGCAACAAUGGCCUAUGGCCCGAUAUGGUUAUAGGAGGAAAUGUUUUUUUUGUUUUUUUAUCACCAAUUGUCGCCAAUGCCUAGGUCAAUUAUGCGUUCUUUGAAAGUAUCUGAAGAAUGCCAUGACCUGUGAUUGUUUCCAAUAUUUGAUCAGCUGAGGUUUGGAUUAAUAUCUCAAAACUGCAAAUGAACAAUGGAUGAUUUUAAAACAUGAAAAAGUAGGAUUGAACAUUAUGUUUUCCACACACAAUUCCUUGAAGGGUCAUGAAUAGCCGGAGAUUGUGAUGUUUUGUUUGUGCCUUCUACAAAUCUGAUCUUGGGAGGAAUAAAUCACCCCUCUUUUAUUUGCAUUUGAUGAUGGAAUGUGUAUUCAAUUUUAUACAAAUGGGUGGAGUCCAGGUAUUUAUUCUGUAUAUUGAGAUGGUUUGCUUAGUCUUUGCAGAUUGUAAUGAAUGGUGGUUGUAGACCAGGUAUUUCACAGAAUGAAGGUGGUAUGGAAUUAAUUGUUUUGAGUGAGGCUCACUGACAUUUGUAUGCCUUCUAAUGACAAACCACAAAAAGGUUUUGCCAAAUAAGGAAUUAUUGUACAAGGAUGAUGAAAUAAACUCAUUUUUUCAGACCAGAA